GUGAGUGUGUGUUGUGUUUGUGUGUGAGCGAGAGAGACAGACAGACAGACAGAGACAGUGAAAGACAGACAGUGAGAGCGAGAGAGAGAGUGUGAGAGAGACAGACAGACGGUGAGUGUGAGAGACGGAGGCAGUGAAAGACAGAGAGAGAGAGAGGGAGAGAGAGAGAGAGGGAGAGAGAGAGGGAGAGAGAGAGGGAGAGGGAGAGUGAGCGAGAGAGAGGGAGAGCGAGCGAGUGAGUCCCAGAGUGUCUGAGUCUGGGUUAUCGUGGAGGUUCAGGAGGUGAGUCGGAUCGGAGCGUCUCCGGGAGCCGCGGCAUAGAGACGACAUGGUGCCCUCAGCGAGGUGCAUGAAGAAACUGCUGUGCAGAUGGCUGUGCUCUCUGUGGAAGAUGCUGAUGGUUUUCACUCUGGUUUAUGUGGCCGUCCAGAUCCUUGAAGUUGUAUGGCCGUCCAGGAGUGACAAACUGGCUGAUGAGGGACUUCUGAACCCGAGGUUCGCGGCUGAGACCCUGCGUCCUCUUCUAACUCAGCAAAAUGGCAGGGCACACCAAUUUACAAAACCUUCACUAUUUGUAAGGGGGAGGGAAUUGAGUCCUUUGGAUGAGGAAGGAGCUGUAAGAGAACAGCAAAGAGGGAGCCAUAGCUUAGCAGAACCACGUGUUGGGAAUCAAGUGGAAAGGAGAGACAAAAGACUUGAGGGGUAUCUAAAACCAUUGAAUGAUAUCUUGCCAAGACGUGUAACACUCAACGAGUUUACAAAUUUCCAGACUGAAAUUUCAGUUGGAAAGCAAAUUGCACCAGAAGACCUAGCACACAUAAAGAAGCUCAACCAAGGGCUUCCUGAUUCUUCGGUCCUUCAACAAGAGGAGAAUGUCUCUCAAAUGCCUGUGCACCACAGCAGCUCAGACAGCAGAGGGGGCAAGUUCCCUCAGUUCCACACCAGAAAGAAGAGUCUGACUGCAUCCACUGAGCAGAAGACUGUGAAGACCCCGACUCUGGAAGUAUCUUCCCUGUUAGACCACAGCAGCAGUGGCAAGAAAAGCAUGUGUCAACCAAAAAAUCACAUUAUGUUCCUUAAGACACACAAAACAGCCAGCAGCACCAUCCUCAAUAUCCUGUAUCGCUAUGGGGACAGCAGGAACUUGACCUUUGCCCUCCCACUGCACAAACACAGCCAGUUGUUUUACCCUUACUUCUUUGCCACCCACUUUGUGGAAGGUGUCAGCAGCAAGAGUGUGAGAGAGUUCCACAUCAUGUGCAACCACCUGAGGUUUAAAAAGUCUGAGGUGGCAAAGGUGAUGGCGGAGGAUACUUUCUACUUUUCCAUCCUGAGAAAUCCUGUGGCCAUGAUGGAGUCUGUCUUCGUCUACUACAAGAGCAUCCCAGCCUUCCUCAAAGUUCGCAGUCUGGCGGACUUUCUUGACAAUGCUUGGCAUUCUUACAACAAAUCUCUGUCCGGCAACCACUAUGCUCGCAACCUUCUUGCCUUUGAUUUUGGUUUUGAAAAUAAUUAUUUGGGUGAUGCGCAAGUCCUUGAGGAGCGGGCCAUGGCGGCUAUAGCAGCCAUUGAACAGGACUUUCACCUCAUCCUUAUUUCUGAGUACUUUGAUGAAUCCAUGAUCUUGCUCAAGCAUGCUCUCUGUUGGUCGCUGGAUGAUGUAAUUUCCUUCAAGCUCAAUAGUCGAAGUGAACGGUCACGUCUCACUGUUUCGCCCCACACUGCAGACCAGAUCAGAGCAUGGAAUGCUUUAGACUGGAGGUUCUAUGUAUAUUUUAACACCACCUUCUGGCACAAAGUGGACACUCUGGUGGGACGAGAAGAGAUGAAGAAGGAAGUUGCUUCUUUGAGAGAGCGGAGAGAACAGCUAACGAAAACCUGUCUAAAAGAUGGUGGGUCGGUGGACCCUUCACAUGUAAAAGAUGCUAGCCUGAAGCCAUUCCAGUAUGGUGCAGCUGUCAUCCAAGGCUUUAACCUAAACCCAACAUUAGAUGGACCAAAAAAAAUACAGUGUCAGCGCCUCAUAACACCAGAGUUGCAGUACACAGACCUCCUCUACUCCAAGCAGUUCCCAGAGCUCGCUGCAAAGCACAAAAAAGCAGCUAAAAUGCUGGCUUUGCAGCGCCAGCUUGGCUCAAAGCGAACUUCAAUGAUAGGUCAAGCUCACAGGAGGACAUCAAGACUCAAAGACCCAUAUAUGAAGAAACAAAAUGACCCCACAAGUGCCCCGAUAAAAAAGCCAAUGCCAAAAAAAUGAUGGACACGUGCCGUAAGUGGUGACAUAUUUCUGACUUGCUCUGGUGAUGGAUGGGGACCAUCCAGAUGUUAAUACUGAGUACACUUAAAAGUGGUUGUUCAGUCCACUGCUCAUUCCUGUUGGUUGUGGUCUAAAAUGUUCUUGUGCAACAAAUACUGUCAGAUGUGUGAAAAAAUUUUUUUCUGGUUUCAUUUAUUUGUUAAUAGAAACACAAUGAAGUUGGGUUUGAAUGGAGGGUUCAUUUAAAAAUAGUGAAUGAUAAGUGAAUUUAUUAAUAUAAGUCCCUUGGUUAAGGCUAUAUAUUUCUUUGUCACACAUUGAGUUGCAGCAUGAAACUAACUUACAAAGUUGAUAUGAGACCAAAAUAUAUUUAUUCAUAGUGAGUUAAUGGGAAGGGGGCGAGGUGACGUAAAGCUUGCACAUAACUAUUUUUCUACCUUCUCUGCUUUUUAUCGCUUUUCAGCUUUGAAAUACCUCAGUUUUGUUCUCCUGUCAAAGCCUCGACCAUAAUUGUUAUGUGCAGGGAUUAGCAUAGAACUCACUGGUAAACAAAAGAACAGAUUUUUACUAAAGAAUGUCAGGAAAAAGUUUUUGCUGCGGAGAUUCCCAAAAUUUAUUCUUUUGAUUAUUGACUUAUUACCAAUUAAUAUAUUCUAGAAUUUUGUGUUUUUUUUUCUUUCAAAAACCAUGAAGUGGGGAAUGACUAGAAAUGUGAAAAUCCUUUCUGUUAUCAGAGAGGUGUUAUUUGAAUAAAGUUCUCAUUUGUAGAGUACUUCAAUUUAAACCGCUCUAAAUCUUAAUUGCACUUUAGUAAAUACAGCUGAAUUGUGGAUGAUGAUUAAUAAAGGUAAUGAUUUAUGAGGAUCUUGAUGACCUGACUCUUUGUAACAAAUCACGAUAACGUCUAAAAAUGUCGAGGGUUUCUUUAAUAUGCUAUUUCUAUACGCACAGAUUUGAAAAUGAUUAUCAUUAUAAAUCAACUGAAAUGGGUUGGGGAGAAUGUAAAUCUGCCGGGAUGAAAACAGACUGUACAGUUCUCCCUACAAGGAGAGCGGGUGCAGUAUGGGAUAAAACAAAGUAUUUACCAGAAGCUUCCCCUUUCUCUUGUGAGGUGAGGAAACUAGUCAAAUGUCACAGACAUUUUUUUUCUUUUUCUUAGGGAGUUGUUCCUUAUCCGAUGCGAGGGUCUAAGGACAGGAUGCUGUAUUGCUAUAAAGCCCCAUUGAGGCAAAUUUGUAAUUUGUGAUAUUGGGCUAUACAAAUAAAAUUGA